AUGGCUACUGAGAAUAAGAAAGCUCUCGUUUAUUCAAUCCUCGAAUUCCUCAAGAAAUCCUGUGACGAUGGCACUAUUGGUCAAGACGACGUUGAAGGCAUUGAAGUGGCCAUGCAAUGCAUUGGUGAAGCUUUCAGUGUCGAUCCCAGCGAUCCUGCUCAGCAAGAAGCAUACAGCACAAAGCCUGCCAACCUAUUGAAUAUCUUUGAAAUCUACUUGAAGACCAAGGCCAAGUCGCGUGGUCCUGCUCAGCCAACUGAUACUGCUGCUGCCUCAUCAUCUUCAACAUCUGCUCCAUCUGCAUCCGCUGUGUCGGAUGAGGAUAAGCAAAAGGCUGAGGAGCUCAAGGGUGCUGGUAACCGCAAAGUGUCAGAGCGCAACUAUCCUGAAGCUAUCAAGCUCUAUUCCGAAGCCAUCAAGUUGAACCCCAAUCAAGCAGUGUACUAUGGCAACCGUGCUGCUGCAUAUAGCCAACAAGGCGAUUACGAAAAGGCCGUGGAGGAUGCCACCAAGGCUCUUGAAGUGGAUCCCAAGUAUAGCAAGGGUUACAGCCGUCUUGGCCAUGCUUUGUUCUGUCAACAAAAAUAUCAAGAAGCUGUCGAUGCCUAUGAAAAGGGCCUUCAAUUGGAUCCCGAGAAUGCCACCAUCAAGCAAUCUCUCGCUACUGCCAAGGCAAAGAUUGGAAGUGUGGAUCGAUCUGUUGGUGGUGGUUCAGAUGCAGGCGCUGGUGCAGGCGCUGGUGGUAUGCCCGAUCUUGGUUCCUUGUUGAAUAACCCUGCUUUGAUGAACAUGGCUCAACAAAUGAUGCAAUCUGGUGCUUUGGAUCAACUCAUGAACAACCCCAAUGUCGCAAGAAUGGCUCAACAAAUGAUGGGUAACAACGGUGGCUCUGGUGGCGGUGGUCCCAACCUUGCCGAAAUGAUGCAAAAUCCUGAAAUGAUGAACCUCGCACGCCAAUUUAUGGGUGGAAACAACGAGGGCGGCAACAAUAACAACAAUAACCAGAACUAA